AUGCAUCGAUUGAAGGCAGACGAAGGUUACUUAGUCGGUAAAGGACUUCCGCCUCACAACGUGGAUGCGAUUCAUCCUGGUUACGGUUUCUUAUCCGAGCGAGCCGACUUCGCACGUGCUUGUAUCCAUGCGGGGAUUUCAUUCAUUGGCCCAAGUCCGGAUGUUAUGGCACGCAUGGGAGACAAGGUGGCAGCACGUCAAGCGGCUAUUGAAGCUGGUGUGCAAGUAGUUCCUGGAACCCCAGGACCAAUUACUACGGCGGAAGAAGCUGUCGAGUUCGCCAAGCAGUAUGGAACUCCCAUUAUCUUGAAGGCUGCUUACGGUGGUGGAGGGCGCGGCAUGCGCAGAGUUGACCACGUUGAAGAGUCGUUCCGACGCGCUUUCUCCGAGGCGCAAGCCGCUUUCGGAGAUGGAUCGUUAUUCGUGGAGAAGUUUGUGGAGCGACCUCGUCAUAUUGAAGUACAACUUUUAGGUACCGUGGAGUUCUUGGUUGACCAGAAAGGCAACUACUACUUCAUCGAGGUGAAUGCUCGGCUACAAGUAGAGCACACCGUAACCGAGGAAAUUACCGGUGUGGAUCUUGUGCAAGCUCAAAUAAGAGUAGCCGAAGGAAAAACGCUAGCUGAUCUCAAGCUGACUCAGGAUCUUAUAAUACCUCAUGGAUCUGCUAUUCAGUGUCGUGUCACCACGGAAGAUCCUGCACGAGGCUUCCAGCCAGACUCAGGCAGAAUAGAGGUCCGGCGACUUCCCCUUUUUUCCGAUGAUGAAGUCUUGAAAGAAAACUUCGUUAAGGUAUUCCGAUCCGGAGAAGGUAUGGGAAUUCGUCUUGAUUCGGCUUCCGCAUUCGCUGGCUCCAUAAUCUCUCCCUUCUACGACUCCCUUCUUGUGAAGGUCAUUGCAUCCGCUCGUAAUCAUCCUAACGCGUGUGCCAAAAUGAUUCGAGCCCUAAAUGAAUUCAGAAUUCGCGGAGUCAAGACAAAUAUUCCUUUCCUGCUCAACGUCCUCCAACAGCCGGCAUUCCUCGAUGCAUCCGUUGACACCUACUUUAUUGACGAACACCCGAAUCUUUUCGAAUUCCGACGAAGUCAAAAUCGUGCUCAGAAGUUGCUCAGUUUCCUGGGAGAAGUUCAGGUGAAUGGCCCACAACGCCUCUUGCUACGGAUCUCAAACCGGCUUACGUCGACCCAGUGGUACCUGCUAUUCGCUCUGGUCUCCGACAGGUUCUUGUCAAAGACGGUCCUGAGGCGUUUGCACGGGCAGUACGACGCACGUCUGGAUGCAUGGUCACCGAUACUACUUUCCGAGAUGCUCAUCAGUCGUUACUUGCAACUCGAGUUCGAACCGUACGAUAUGGCGAGAAUAGCGCCGUUCGUCAGUCAUGCAUUCCCACACUUGUAUUCCAUGGAGAACUGGGGAGGUGCGACUUUUGACGUUUCCAUGCGUUUCCUGCACGAAUGUCCAUGGGAACGACUUGAGACACUUCGGCAGCUCAUUCCAAAUAUUCCGUUCCAAUGUCUUCUAAGAGGAGCGAACGCUGUCGGCUAUAGCAACUACCCGGACAACGUCAUCGAC